GGAAGAAGAACGUCGGUGACGUUUACGCACAGAAAGAAUACCGGCACGUACAGAGAGGGAAAAAUUCAAAAUAGAGUCCACCACGUACGGUAGUUUUUUCAGAUGGUGUUGUGGGAUUAAAAGUUAAAACAGUCUAUAUAGUAACUGCUACGUGGACAGAAACAUUUAAAGUAAAUCAAAAAUAAGAGGCAGCGUUAGCGUAACUUAGCUAAACAAGAAUGCAGAGGGCGUCCCGUUUGAAACGCGAACUACAGAUGCUGAGCACCGAGCCACCGCCCGGUAUAACAUGCUGGCAGACGGAGGAAAGGGUAGAUGAUCUUCGGGCACAGAUAGUAGGUGGAACAGGAACACCUUAUGAAGGUGGGCUCUUCUCCCUAGAGGUCAAGAUCCCAGAGAGGUAUCCAUUUGAGCCUCCCCAAAUAAGGUUUUUGACCGCCAUCUACCACCCAAACAUUGACAAUUCUGGACGAAUCUGCCAUGAUGCUCUUAAACUCCCACCAAAGGGUGCCUGGAAGCCAUCUCUAAACAUCUCCACAGUCCUCACCUCCAUUCAACUGCUGAUGGCAGAGCCCAAUUCAGAUGAUCCACUCAUGGCUGAUAUAUCAUCGGAGUUCAAAUACAACAAACAGCUGUUCAUUGAGAAGGCCAGGAAGUGGACACUGGAGCAUGCUGUUCAGAAGAACAUGGGAGUCAUGAAGAACAGCAAAGAAAAUACUCCAGAUCAGACAGCAGCAUCCCGGAAAAGAGAGGCUCUCAGUGCCCAGUACGAGGUGGAGGAGCCGGCAAAGAGAACCUGUGUGUAGUUUCAUGGUGGCUUUUCUCCAGAGCCACCAUCCCUUACACACCUAUAUACUUUAACUAGUGAUUUUAAUUUUUCAUGUGUUUACCAGUACCCGCUUCAGACGACAAUGUAUAUAUGCAUACCUCUUCUUAAUCCAGAAAAUCUACAUGUUUAUAAUGUUCAUUUAUGUUCCUAUUAAAGUUUAUUUUGAACAGA